AUGCAGUCGCUCUGGAACAAGAGCAAGCAGCUCGCGCAGGCCGGCAGCGACGUCGUCAGCGCCGGCGUGUCGGCCGGGACCGACGCUCUGGCCAAGUCGACGGGCGCCGCCACGAGCGCCGUGGCGACCGCGGCCGCGGAGCAGACGACGCAGGCCGCGGCGUCCGCGGCGGCGAGCGUCGUCGGCGAGUCGGCGGCGGCGGCGCUCUUCGGCGGCGGCGGCGCGCGCGACGAGGUGGCGCUGGCGCCCGCGACGUUGGCGCUCUCGGCCGCAUGGCGCGACGCGCUCGCGCCGAGCCACCGCGAGCGCUUCCCGCUGCCCGGCGGCCGGCGCGCCGAGGGCCUCGCGGCGGUCGUCGCCGCCUGCGAGAGCGUCGAGGGCGCGUCGCCCGCGCGGCGCGACGCGCUCCGGCGCCUCGUCGAGCCGCUCGCGGGCUGGGCGCGCCUCGGCGAGGCCCUCGGGCCCGCGCUCGCCGCGCGCGCGGCGGCGCUGCGCCCCGGCGAGGCCUUCGUCGCGCCCGUCGCCUGCGGCUACGCGGCCGCGCGGCGCGGCGCGGCCGGCUACGACGUCGCGCUCGCCGGCGUCGGCGCGGAGGGCCUCGCGUGGCACGCGUACCGCUGCGGCGCGGACGCCGCGACGGAGCGCGCGGCGCUCGCGGUCGCCGAGGGCUGCGCGCCGGACCGGGCGACGUCCGUCGCGACGUGGAUCGCGCUCGCGGCGGCGCCAAAGGACGACGUCGCCGCGGCGCGGGCUGCGUUCGGGGCGGUGCUCCCGUCCGUCGGCGGCAAGCGGCCCGUCGCGGGCGGCGGCUGGGCGCCGGUCUACGCGCCCGGCCGUCAAGCGGCCGCCUGCGCGCGGGCGCUCGACGCCCUGGCGCCCGCGAGCCUCGGCGACCAAAUACUCGGCGCGGCCGCGACCGCGGCGUCGGGGACGCUGGAGACCGCUGGAGCGCUUCUCGCGCGCGCCAGAGGGACGACCGUCGACGAAGACGCGGCGGACGAGAACGACGAGGACGACGAGGACGCGUCGGGCGCCGCCGCGCUGCUCGCGUGCCUCCGCUUCGCGCUCGCGGCAUCGCUCGGCGAGGGGGAGGCGUUCGCGGCGACCGUCGACGCGCGCGCGACGCUCGCUCGGUGGGGCCUCGGCGAAGCCCGCAAAAUCCCGCUCGACCGCGUCCUUCGGCGGGCGCUCUUCGCCGCGUCGCGAGGCCUCGCGGCCUUUGCGACGGCGGAGCCCGUCGCCGACGACGUCCUCGACCGCGCGGCGGCGACGGCCGAGGCGCUCCGCGAGUUCGCGGACGCGCCGCCGAAGGAGGACCCCGUCGACGUCACCGGUGGACAGCCCGCGCCGACGCGUUUUCCGCUGCUCGAGUCCUUCGGCGAGUUCGUCGACGAGGACGCGCUGGCCGGCGGCGCGGCGGCCGCGAAAGUCGUCCUGCCCCAGGUCUUCGAGUGGACGGAGGAGAUCAAGCGCCUCUCCGAGAACGAUCGGCAACUCGUCGAGGAGAUCGCGCACGAGCUCGGCUUCCCCAUCGACGACGAGGCGCUCGCGCCCGCGUAUUUCGUCGGAGCCGACCGCGACGUCGUCGACGCCGCGCCGGGCCUCGCCGCGCUCCGCGACGCGCACCUAGCCUGGCGCAUGCUCGUCGGGCCGACGCUCGCUGAGGCCAUCGCGCCGCCGCCGAAAAAGAAGCUCUGGCGGCCCGGGCAGCUGGCCCAGGUCUGGACGGGGACGAAGGGGUCGAUCUCCGUCAAGACGUCGAGCGGAGCGGCACUGGAUCCCUCGAAGCUUUCCAAGAACAGCGGCUGGUUUGGUGGCAUAUUCAGUAGAAACACGCUCGCGUCUCCGCCCUCGGCUGCCAAUCCGUCGCUCCUGUGCGGCGAGGUCGUGAAGAACGAGACGGACGUGCUCUACGUCGACAAAAUGCCGACGUUCGACGGCGCACUCGGCGCUGCCGACUCGGAGCUCGUCCUUUCGUACCUCACGGCGCCCCCCGGGUCGCCCGGCGCGGCGCUCGCGGCGCGGCUCCGUCGGCUCGACGUCCUCGGGCACGUCCUGGUCUGGGCCGGCAGCGACGGCUCCAUCAAGCGCGUGGAACUACCGCGCCUAGAGCUCACGUUCGACGCCACGGCGCGGCCCUACGAGUUCGCGUCGAACGAUUCGCACGGCUACUGCCUCAACUUGGAUCCCCUCCCGCCGCGCGUCGCGGCGCUCGCGGCGCCGCUCCCGGGCCUCGUCCUCAAGGCCUCGUCGAGGUUCGAGCAGAUCGAGUACCUCGUCGUCGCGUCCGCGCUCGCCAAGCCCGCCGUCGCCGGGGGCUCGCUGGUCGCGGAACGCAACGACGCGGCGUGGCUCGCGAACGUCCACGGCGGGAAGACGUUCGUUUUCCCAGUGCACGGCUCCUCCGAGUGGGUCACAUCUCCGACGCUCGCGGCGACGCUCGCUCUUAUUUCGUGGAGAUCCGCGCGCGGCCUCGGCGAGCUAUUCAGAGCCUGCGAAGCGUGCCCGGCGGCGAGCUCGGACGCCCCGCUUGAGCCCGACGAGGCGCAGUGGAUCUCCGCCCUCGAGGAGGCGACGGCCGACGACGCGUCGCCCGACGCCGACGCUUUUAGGGUUCGUCUCGCGCUGGCUCUGCGCGCGUCGCACAUGGACGCCGCCGCGCUGUUCUUCGACGGCGAGCCGAGGCGGGCCAACGCUUCCCUGACGCGAGCCUGGCGGAGCUACGCCCGACGGACCGACGCGACGGACGCGCGCUUCGCGCUGAACUCCCGCGAGGAGUCGGCCGUCGCGGCGUUCGUCCACGCGCCUCGGGACGCCGUGCUCGCGAACCGCGGCGCGCUCGCGGCGGCCGCGGCUUCGGGCGCGUCCAUUGAGAACUGGCGCUUCGACGUCUGGGCCGCGUCCAAAGUCGACGCGCUCUCGCGGCUGCUCCAGUUCGCACCCCUCGCGGCCCAGCGCUACCUCGACCAGCACGCGUUCCCGGCGGCUCUCGUCGGGCGGAAGAUGGCCCUGAAGCGCGGCGUCGACCGGCCGUUGCCGCUCGCGUCCUCCGGAGUAGAGCUAUCGUCGCAGUUUACAUUCUACGAUCAAGCGCAUACCACUGGAAUGGACAUCAAGCAGCCUCCCUCGUGCAAGGCCGUCGUCACGAUCUCCAAGGACAUGAGCUUCCGCGACCUCGCGCAAGCGUCGUACCGCAUGCGCGGCGUCGGGAAGGGCCAGACUCUCAUGUUUGCUCUGACUCCGGAGGUCACUGUCUCCAACGUCUGGCGGAAGAAGGCGUUCGCAAAUCUGUUUAUCAACUCCGGAAAGGCGACGCCCGACAUGGCCGCCGUGGAGGUCUUCGUCGAGGCCGUCGACGUGAGCGUCCCGAACACGACCGAUCCGCCGGCCGACGCCAUCGACGCGCUGGAGCGCACCGUCGCGAGUCGAAAGGCGGUCUGGCUGCGCGAGGACCGCGACGAGCAGGUCGUCGCUCUGGCGAUCGCGCGAGCGCGGGCCGACGGCGGCGGCGGCGGAGACGACGCGACGGCCGCGCUCGAGGACGAGCAAGAAGAGGAAGCCGAGGCCGAAGAGGAACAGGAGCAAGAGCAAGAGCAGGAGCAGGAGCAAGAGCAGGAGCAGGAGCAGGAGGUGGAGGAGCCCAUGCCCGGCGCGUUCGAUCGAGACGACGAGGAGGCCAAGCCUCUCGGCGACGGCGACGACGCGGCGAAGAUCGCGUGGUUCGAGGCCGUGCGGGGCUGCAAGCGUCGGUCGCGGCGGCCCUGGAUCGGCACGCCGCUGGCGCCGCUGUUCGGGAAAGAAACGUCGUCGUCGGGAGGUUCCGGCGAAGACGCGCGCGCGACGCUGCUCCGCGCCGCCGCCGAGCUCCAGCGCCGCGGCAUGUCGCCGAGCGAUUGCUUCGAGGCGUUCGACACGGACGGCAACGGGACGCUCACGACGGGCGAACUCGCCGUCGGCCUGCGCUGGCUCCUCUCGCGCGCGACGCCCGCCACGUGCCUCGCCGUCGCGGUGCACGUCGACGCGGACGGCGACCGGUCGAUAUCCAAGGCCGAGUUCGUCGAGGCGUUCGCGGCGCUCGUCCGCGCGCCGCCGGCCGCGCCGCCGAAGGCGAGCGCGUCGGACGUGUGCGACUGCAGCUUCGCCGUCGGCGCGCCCGCGAAGCUCGUGACGCUCUGGGACGCGCGGGGCCAGCUCGCGAGCGUCCGCGGCUCGCGGUCGGAAGCCAGCGUCUGGACGUCGCCGGAGGUGUCGUCCGGCGGGCUCCUCGGCGCGCAGUCGCUGAGCGUGCCCCUCGGCGCCUUCGCGCACGGAUCGCUCAAGUCGCCGACGCACGCCAAGUCGCUGACGCUCUCGGGCAAGCGCUUCCGCAACGUCGACCUCAAGGCCGUGCGCGACACGCUCUUCCCAAAGGCCGACAACUUCCGACGCCUGUGGGAGAUCACGAGCGGGCGCACGCACCUCUACAUCUGGACGGCCGUGCCGCCCGCGGGCUUCGUCGCGCUCGGCGUCGGCGUCACGACGGGGCCCGAGCCGCCGGCCGCGGGCGCCGUGCGCUGCGUCCCGGCCGCGUGGGCCGUCCCCGCGACGGCGAAGCCGCGGCUCCUCUUCGACACCGUCGGCAUGCAGGGCCGGAAGCCGGGCGGCAUCUGGCGCGUCGGCUCGCUGGGCCUCCUCGCCGUCGGCCGCGAGCGCUCGCCGCCCGAGGGCGCCUACGACCUCAACCCGCAGUUCCAGUCCAUCCCGCUCGACGCGCCGCCGCCGCUGCCCCCGCGCGCCGCCGCGCCGCCGCCGCUGCCCGCGCGCCCGGCGGCGCUCCCCGUCGCCUUCGCGCAGCCCCUCGGCAAGAGCACCGCGCUCUCCGAUGGCGCCUUGAGCAGCUCGCCGUCGCACACGCUCGACAUGGCGCCGCAGGCGAGCGACUUCCCGCCGGGCCGCGUCCCCGUGCACCUCACGCAGUUCGGCGGCGAGUUCUGCCUCGCGUGCCUCGGCUACGUCGGCGACACCAUCGUCGAGAAGGAGGAGGGCGGCAAGGUCGUCUACCGCGUCGCCGCCGGCUCGGGCCUCGAGCCGUCGGCCGUGGCGGCCAUCGAGGCCGCCGUCGCGCCCGGCGCGCACUACCGCUUCGCGCGGCGCGCGGCCGAGGAGGCCGCGUCGCUGAAGCGGUGCGCGACGCUGCUCGCGAUCGGCGACGCGGCCGAGGCGUGGCUCGACGGCUACGCGGACGACGUCGCGGACGCGGACCGCGCCGUCGGCGGUUUGGACUUCAGCUUCGAGGGCGCGACGCGCCUGCGCUUCCUCGUGGGCCACCACGCGGCCGCGCUCGAGGCCGUCGGCGAGGCCGUGCGCGAGGCGAUCGACGGCGGCGGCUCCGGCGGGCGCCUCGCGGACGCGCUGCGGCGCCGCGCGGGCGCCGCGGGCGACCCGAGCGUCAUCCGGGCGUUGCGCGUGCUCUGCGGCGCCGCCGAGGCCGUCUUCCUCCGCGCGGCGUGCGGCUGGUGCGUCGACGGCGAUUUGGUCGGCGACUUCUUCGUCGCCGCGAGCGUCGUCGGGGGCAAGAAGGCGCCGGACUUCGUGCGCGACGUCAUGAGCGGCGAGGCCGACGCCAUCGGCUGCUUCGAGGUCCGGGCGAGCCUCGUGCCGCGGUUCCUCGUGGGGAAAAGGCUCGCGGAGCGCAUGCUCUUCGUCGGCGGCGCGGUCCGCGUGCUCCGCAUCGCGGACCGGCGCCGGUCGCGCCGCGCGGACGCCGCGAGCAACCGGAAGCGCUUCCUCGAGCGCGCCGUCGUCGAGCUCGAGUCGACGCCGCGGUUCCAGGCCUACACGAGCAAGUUCGGUGCCAGGCCCGCGCCUCUUUCUGCGCUUAUUAUCACGAGACAUUGCGUCAUCUCUUUAGGCAACGGCAAGCGCGAGAAGGAGUGCCAGACGGACGAGGGCGCGGACCCCGAGCCGGCGUGCUACGGCCCGGACGAGGACGGCUACGUCGCGCUCGCGGGCCGCUGGAAGGCGCUCGUCGCCGCGGCCAAGGCGCCCGCGGCGCCCGAGAGCGCCGCCGAGGCCGCGGCGCGCGACGGCGCCGUCAAGGCGGGCCUCGAGCGCCUCGUCGACGACUCGGAGAAGGUCUUCGCGGAGGCGCUGCUCGACGUCUGCGUCGGCGACGGCGAUUUAGGCCGCGCCGUCGCGGCCUACGGCGGCGUCGCGCUGCUGCGCUGCGGCCCGCUCUGGGCGCGGGCCCUCGAGCUGAGCCGCGUCGCGUUGCGGGAGCGGCCCCACGGCCGGUCCGGCGCGCUCGUCGUCCAGCGGUGCCUCGAGGCCGCGGCCGAGGAGCUCCGCGGCGACGAGGACGACCGCACGGACCUCGAGGUCAUGGCCUGGAAGGCCUACGAGCGCGCCGGCGGCGUCUCCGGCGCGGGCAUGUGCGACGCGGUCACGUUCUGGGAGACCAUAUUGGCCGCGCGCGCGCGGCGGCGCAACGCGGGCUACCCGCCCGAGCGCGUGCCCGCGUGCCCGCCCUGGACGCCGCCCGGCGACCCGGCGCCGCACCUCGGCUUCGGCGACCGGCCGCCGCGGCCCGCCGUCGACCUCGGCGACGGGUCCGCCGUGCGCUUCGCAUUGGAGGCCGUCGCGAACGCCGCCAAGGCCCGCGAGGACUACGCGUUCGCCAAAGCCACGGAGACGACGGCGACGGUCAUCGCGGACCCAGAGGCCUUCGAGUGGACCUUCCACAAGCCCGACGUCGACGCGCGCUUCGCGUUACGGAAGGGCGCGGCGCUGAAGGCGACGGCCGACGGCCUGGAGCUCGCGCUCGGCGGCGACGGCGCCGGCGCGCCCGCGGCCGACGAGCCGUCCGACGCGUCCGACGGCGACUCGGACGACGACGACCGGGCGCCGCUCCGGGGGUGCUUCGCCAAGGGCCUGAGCGGCGGCGGGCCCGACGCGUGCGUCGAGGCGCUGACGCCGCGGCGCGUCGCGCGGCGGCCCUGGCGCCUCGAGGCCGCGUGCGGCCGCGCGGACGGCGCGGACGGCGGCGCCGUCGUCUUCGCCUGCCGCUUCCGGGACCGGGGCCGGUCGGGGGGGGUUUCAGUCGGCAUCGCCAGGGCCGACGACGACGGCGCGCUCGAUUUGGUCGUGAGCCUCGGCGGCGACGUCGUCACGCGGCGGCGCCUCAAGCGCGCGCCGGAAGCUUCCGCGCUGGCGCUGGACGUCGCCCACGACCGCAACGACGCCGUCGACGGCCGCUGGGAGUUACGGGCGGCCUGCUACGCGGCGACCGCGGCGGACUACAAGGACGGCGCGUCCGACGUCGACUACGCGCGGCAGCGCGCGGGGCUCGGCCGCGCGACGGUCGUCCUGGACGUGGGCUCGGUGCUGCGGUCCGGCGGCCGCGCGGUCUGCGGGCUCACGGCGCCCCAGGACGCGGCGCCCGUCAAGGUGUUUCGGUUCGCGUGGACGCCGGGCGCCGGAGAACGCGCGGGCGACGCGCUCGCGGGCGCGCUCGCGUCGCUCAAGGUCUCGAAGAACUCCAUCGCGUUGAAGGCGGCGCACUUCGACCGGUCCGCCGCGGAGACGUCGACGGGCUGGCAGCAGGCGCUCCGCGCGGUCGUGCGCCCCAAGUGGCCGUUGGACGCGUUGCUCUUCGACGACGCCGCGCCCGACUACCAGGCGGCCUUCAGCCGGCUCCUGGCCGCGCGCAAGGCCGCCGACGACCUGGACGCGGUCUGGCGGUGCCUCGCGGACGCGGGGCGGCGCGCGCGGUCCCGGGAGGCCGAGAAGCGGAAGGCGCUCGCGGCGUUGAGCGCGCUGCACUCGGAGCUCAGCGCGGUCUGCCGGGGCGUGGCGACGUGGCUCCAGCGCGACGGCGUCGAGCCGACCUGGCGCCGCUUCGUCGAUCGCCUCGGGGCGGCGUCGGACUUCGCGGAGGUCAAGGCCGCGCACCGCGCGUUUAUCCUGGACCUCCGGGACGCGCUGCUGCUCGACGAGGACGCGGUCCACGGCGCGCUCGACGACGUGUUCCUCGACGCGGCGCGGCUGGCGCGGCUGCUGGACGCCCACGAGGACGACCUCGAGGACCUGCCGGCGUCCGCGCUCGCGCGGCUCCGCGGCGACUUCGCGUUCCACGCGGACGCGCUCCGGGGCCUGCUGCCCGAGGACACGCUCGACUUCAACGGCUGGUUCGCCGCCCGCACCAUGAUCCUCAUGCGCCACCACGGCGUCCCGCAGUGGCCGUGCACGAAGCGGGCCCUCCUCGGCAAGGAGUGCAUGGAAUCGCCGCCACCGACGCCGCGGCCGCGGUCCGAGCGGCGGCAACGAGCGGCGACGACGGCGAGCCGCGUCGCAGCUGUGUUGCCGCUCGAGCUCGUGAGCAUGAUUUUGGUCAACGUCGCGGACGCGAAGCGGCACCGCUGGCGGUUCGUGCACGCGGACAUCGCGGGCAUGAGGAAAGUGCGCCUCGACCUCGCGACGCACUGGGUCUUCCUCAACGACACGUCCUACGACAACCCCCACGCCCUGCCCUGGAAAAUGGACUACGAGCACGCUGAGCGCCUGCCGCUGCUCAUCCCCGUCGAUUAG